UUGCAGCGACAUCUAUGAGAGAUUCAUGGAGUUAUAAUGAAAAAUAUGUUCAUUCGAAAGACUGAGUCUAACUUUUUGUUCUAAAUUGUUUUUACUUGCAAGACAUAACUUUAGCUUGGUUGAUUUUUGAUUUUUUAAACUUCCAAACAACCUACAAACAUUUAACAUCAAUUAAUAGGGUUAUGUUUCCCACUUCAUUAUAUUAACCACUGUGAACAAACAACGCUUGUUUGGAACGCAUUAAAACCAACAUUAAUCCAAAUAAAAACUAAAAUAAAGUAAUAUAGUUAGAAAUUAAAUGGUAUUAAAUAUGUCGGAGACUGGAACAUUAGAAGAACAAGCCUUAAAACGCAAAGAACGACUGAGAGCAUUGAAAAGAAAAAAAGAAGACACAAGUGACCCAACAUCUGACAAUUCUGUACAAAUUGAACUUCCAAAACCUAAAUUUCGAAGUUAUCAACCAGGUGCAGAGACUCUUAAAGCACACACAUUGCCAGAAGCAGAAAUUCCUAACAUCAAUGAAGAAAUCAAAGACCAGCUUGAUGCAGCAAAGACAAAAGUUGUAAUUGAUGAAUUGGAUAUAACUAAUCUUGCGCCACGCAAACCCGACUGGGAUCUAAAACGCGAUGUGGCCAAGAAAUUAGAGAAACUAGAAAGGAGAACUCAGCGAGCUAUUGCUGAAUUGAUUAGGGAUAGGUUAAAACAAAGACAACAAGAUUUAGCAGCACUUGUAAAUGAUGGAACAGCUGAUGUGCCAACAAAUAAAUUAGUAUAGAUAUUUUUUGCAA